AUGGAAGAAAAGUCAAUUAAAAGUGUGAAAGAAAACGGGAAGACCAAAGAUGUUGAUUAUGAUGAACUUCUAUCAUCGGCUGGAGAAUUCGGUCGAUACCAAAUAUUCCUGUUCUUCGCUACGUUUCCGUUUUACGUAUUUGGGGCUUUCUCUUAUUUCUCACAAGUCUUUUUAACGGAAACAUCUCCAAACCACUGGUGUAUGGUACCAGAACUUGAAAAUUUGACUGUUUUGGAAAGAAGAAGCCUAGCCAUACCAUUGAAUAAAGAAUCACCAUUCGGAUAUUCAAGAUGUGAGCAGUACGAUACAAAUUGGACUGAAGUUUUAUCAUCUGGAGCCACCUUAAACAGAACAUGGAACACAGUGCCUUGUAAGCAGGGUUGGGAAUUCAAUAAUACAGAAUUCGCUUACCCAACUAUAGCAAGUGAAAUGGGCUGGGUGUGCGAGAGAGACAGCUAUCAAGCAACUGCACAAUCAAUCUUUUUUGUUGGGUCAAUUGUCGGAGGUUUCCUCGUGGGGUGGAUAGCAGACCGCUUUGGAAGGAUACCAGCUGCCGUUUUCAGUAACAUGAUUGGAGCUAUUGCAGGCACAGCCACCAUAUUUGCUCAUAAUUUUACUGAAUUCUCAAUCUGCCGAUUUUUCAUGGGCAUGUCGUAUGACAACUGCAUGAUGAUGACUUAUUUACUGGUAUUGGAAUACGUGGCUCCGAAGUACAGGACAAGAAUGACCAAUUUAUCUUUCGCUCUCUUCUUUACAACAGGUAUUGUCUCGUUGCCUUGGAUAUCAUUGGCUUGUGGACAUUGGAAAACAAUAGCACUUGUAACGAGCCUGCCUAUGGCACUAUCUCUGUUAGCUCCGUUUAUUAUACCAGAAAGUCCAAGAUGGUUAUUGUCAAAGGGAAGAUUUGACGAUGCAGUGAAUAAAAUUACAAAUAUAGGACGUAUCAACGGAAAAGAAGUACCGCAAAAUCUGAUUGAUGGAUUCAAAUAUACCACACUUAAUAGCAAAAAAGUACCCGGAAAUAUAAUGGAUAUGUUAAAAAGACCUAUCUUGGCAAGAGUAUUUGUUUUUACAUGUAUAGAAUUUAUGUUUUGUAUGAUUAUUUUCGACGCUCUUGUCAGGACUAUAGGACAGCUACAGUUCGACUUUUAUGUAUCAUUUUCUGUGAUAUCUUUAACAGAAUUUCCCUCAUUAGUUCUACUAUCAUUCAUAUUAGACUAUACUGGAAGAAAGUCUAUGAUAUUUGUAGCAAUGGUUGUAUGUGCUAUAUUCAGUUUUUUGAUACCGUUUGUUGGUGGUGGAUUAGCGUCAGUGAUAUGUGCAGUAUUGGCAAGAUUUGCAGUCAAUAUGGCUUGCAAUGCGGCCAUGCAAUGGACAGCAGAAAUGUUACCAACGUCUGUUAGAGGUUCCGGUUCAUCAAUAGCACAUAUUUGUGGAUAUAUUGGUACAGUAAUAUCACCGUUUGUAGCAUACCUUGAAGUUUUUAGGCCUUGGUUGCCAAUGAUUGUUGUUGCAGCUAUUGCUAUUCUAGCAGCAUUGAUCAGUAUAACGCUUCCUGAAACUGCUAACCGAGAUAUGCCACAAACCUUUGAUGAUGCAGAAGUGUUGAUAAGAAGUCAGGGAUUCUUUGAUUUACCGUGUAAGCAGAAAGCUACAAAUGAAAAUGCUAGGGGCCAUGCGAAUGAGAGUUUUGAAUUAAAUUAG